AAAUGAAAGGAGUUUCAAGGAAGAUGAUCAAUGGAGAUUCAUGAAGAUUAGUUUUUUUUUAGGGGCCAUACUAGAUCAUCUUUUAUUCAUGCUUUUAUUAGCUUUGAGCGUUUAUUUAAUUUUGAUCUUUGCUUGCAUAAGUUAAUGUAUUGGUUAAAUAUGCUAUGUGUUCACUUAAUAUUAACCAUGCUAAUUAACUUGAAUCCCCAUAAAUAAUAUUCUGUUUUAUUGUUUUUCCAAACAACACCUAUAAGCCUUUGAUAAUGAAUAAUACAUUCUGCCAAAGCGAGGUAUUGCUCAUAAAUCUUGGGAUAUGGGGUAAAUUUUUUUGAAAAUUUACAAGUUCAUGUUUGGUUUCACUCAACAAAAUCAUCAAAAACAAAGUUUUGGGUUUUAAAACUAAGAGAUAGGAUUGAACAAGAAUUAUCAAUCUAUCUACUAAGAAUUAUAAUUAGUUAUAAUUAGUAAAACGUUUACUUACCUUAACUACUAUAGUUAAAGGCAGGGCCAAAGUCCGUUUGACUAUAGUGGGAGAGGAUCUUAGUUGUUAUUUAUUCAAAAGGGGAUUAAAUUUUGAAUAAACUAUUAAACUUGUUUAAUUUCUGCUUAUUGAUAGACUAUUAAUUUUGCUUUAUUACAUUGUUGUAGAAAUCAUGUAUGGUUCAACUAACAACCACACUCCUGCUUUUAACUUGCGCUGUGUCUUGGAAAAAGACAAAUUGAAUGCAAACAACUUCCUUGAAUGGGAAAUGGCUGUGAGAAUUGUUCUCAGAGCUGAAGGAAGGGAAAGUGUUCUUGUCACUCCACUCCCUGAACCCCUGCCAGAAACUGCAACAGUUGCAGAAAAAAGAGCUAGGCAAAAUCUCGAGGCCAAUUCUGUGCAAGUAACAUGUCUGAUGCUUGCUUGCAUGGAACAUGAUUUUCAAAAACAUUUCAACAAUCUUGAUGCCUACACAAUAAUCCAGCAACUUAGAACAAUGUUCGAAAAGAAUGCUCGAUUAGAGAGAUUUGAAGCUAAUUGUAAACUUUUGGAAUGCAAACUGGGCAAGGGAAAACCCGUCGGACCCCAUGUGUUCGCCUUAAUAGGGCAUUUUCAAGUCAUGGAAAAGUUGGGUUUUCCUUAUCCCAAAGAGCUGGCCACUGAUAUUGUGAUCAGAUCCUUGCCAAAAACUUUUGAUGCUUUCAAAUUAAAUUUUUACAUGCAAGAAGGGGAAGCAACCUUGCCAGAAUUGCAUGGUAUGCUUGUUCAGGCUGAAAGGAGCUUACCUUCUGAACCCCCACUAAAAGAUGUGCUCAUGGUCAGAAAGAAUAAAAAGUUCAAGAAGAAAGGGGCUCCUAAUGACUCUUCCAAACCAAAGGCUACUCCAAAGGCUAAAGUAGCAGCACUACAUGAGUGCUUCCACUGCCACAAGAUUGGCCAUUGGAAGAGGAACUGCCCCAUCUAUCUGAAAAAAAAAGUCUGGUGCUUUAUCUUCAGGGUCUAAUAAGAAGUAGAAGCUUGAGCAAAGGUGAGGUGGAUCUCCGAGUCGGAAAUGGAGCAAGAGUUGCUGCUUUAGCUAUUGGAGUUUAUAUUUUAACAUUACCCUCUGGUUUAAUUUUAGAACUAAAUAAUUGUUAUUAUGUUCCUGCCAUCACCAAGAACAUUAUUUCAAUUCCGGUUUUGGACACGGAAGGUUUUUCAUUUACUAUUAAGAAUAAUUGUUGUUCUGCAUAUUUAAAUGAUAUGUUCUAUGUUUCAGCUAAAUUAUUAAAUGGGUUGUAUGUGCUAGACUUAGAAACUCACAUCUAUAACAUAGACAGCAAGAAACGUAAAACAAAUGAUUCAAACCCCACUUACCUAUGGCAUUGUCGAUUAGGCCACAUAAGUUCAAAACGCAUAGAGAAACUUCAUAAAGAUGGAA